AUGGAAAUAAGUCCUGACCAUUAUUAUGAAGGAAAAGAUGGUAUUCCAGUAUUCAAACCUACUUAUGAGCAAUUCAAGGACUUUAAAGCAUUUAUAAUGGCAGUCCGACCUUAUGGCAUGAACUCGGGAAUUGUGAAAGUAAUUCCUCCAAAAGAAUGGACUGAUACACUUCCAAAAGAUCUUUCGGUACAAUUGGAAAAAAUCGUAAUUGAUAAUCCGAUUAAACAAGAAUUUACGAAGGUCGAUGGUAAAUGUAGAGUCAAAAACAUGGAUACAAAUUCGAAAUUUUCUGUAAAAAAAUGGGCAUUGUUAUGUAGCCAACCCGAUCAUGCCACUCCUAUUUACGAAUCUCAAUUUUUACCAACAAAACCGAUCAAAAAGACCGGUAAAAAGAGAAAAAUUUCUUCGGAGUUAGAGGAAGGCUCUCAGUCAUCAUUAAAAUCAAAACUUCCCUACGCUAAUAAAUUUACAAGAACGGAUAAUAUUCAUAAUAUUACAUCUAGACCACACCUCGAACAUAAGUAUUGGAAAAAUUUAGCCUACUUUCCUCCAUAUUAUGGAGCAGACUUGGAUGGUUCUCUUUUCACUGAUGCAACCACUACUUGGAAUAUAAAUAAAAUCGACAACCUCUUGAACCUAAUGGACCCAAUUCCUGGUGUAAACAAAGCGUAUCUUUAUUUUGGAAUGUGGAAGGCCUCUUUUGCUUGGCAUGUCGAGGAUAAGGAUCUCUAUUCGAUCAACUAUAUCCAUUUCGGCGCUCCAAAGUUUUGGUAUGCUAUCUCCCCUCAAAAAGCAUCUACAUUUGAGCAAAAAAUGAAAGGAUGGUUCCCCGGGUAUUACCAUGAGUGUUCGGAAUUUUUACGCCAUAAAGAAUUCAUGGCAUCACCUGAACAACUUAGGAACGGUAUUAUGCCAUUCGGAAAAAUGGUUCAAAGAGAAGGAGAAUUUAUAAUUACUUUUCCUCGUGGAUAUCAUGCUGGUUUUAAUAUGGGAUUUAACUGUGCCGAAAGUGUAAAUUUUGCCUUUGAAGAUUGGAUUGAAAUGGGUGUAAAAGCAAAAUCGUGUGAAUGUAAUCCUGAUAGUGUCACUAUUGAUGUGAAAGGUAUU